AUGCUCUCUGAUACCAAGUAUGAUAUUUUACUAUCAAUAAGCAAUCAACUUUCAACGAAAUUGUCUCCUAAAUUGAAAGGAAUAAUAGUGUCCUAAUUAAUUAAGACUUAAUAAAAUCUCACUUUGCAAGAUGCAUUUAUUAGAUGGUAAGUAAGAACUAACCCUGAAAUUGUGAAGUAAGCUGUUGACAAAAUCCUAUUAAAUUCUAAGUUGAAUUAAUUUAACGCCUUCCACAAACUCAAAUUCUUGUUAGGCACAAAACAACCUAAGGAAGCCAGAAUGAAUGCAAGAAAAAAAAAAAAUUUGAGUUUAAUCAAUUUGGCCUUAUUUAUUCAAAAAAAAGAAUUAUAACUCAAAAGAUAGGCAAUUGAAUCAAUUAAACCAACCUCACAAGAUUCAAAUAAAAUGCUUGGCUUAUUGAUUUGGUCAAUAAGUUCAAAGUAUAGGGAAAGAUAUUUAAGAGAAAAGUUUAAUUGGUGGAAGUUAAUUGCUAAAAUGAAAUCCAAUAAAUUAGAAAAACAAUUAAAAGCAUUAGAAAUAUUAGGAGAUGAAUAUAACAUGAGAAAUGAUAGAUUAGAUAGAUCAAGAUUAAAAGAAGCUUUUGAAAUUUGGAGAGGAGACUUAUUAAAUUUUAGAUUAAAGAAAAAGUUCUUUGCUGUUUUACUUAAAACCACAUUUGGAAGACUUUAAAGAUGCUACACAAGGUGGGUCGAUUUACCAGAUAAAAGAGAAAACGACAUUAAAAAAUAAGGAUUAUUAUUAAUUAAUAAAUUAGGAAAUAAAGUGGACUAAAAUAAGAGGUUAGUUUGGAAUGCUUUCAAAGAUCUUCAUGAUGAGGCAAAAAAUAAAAAAACCAAAGUCAUAAGAGAAUUGAUCGAAGUUACAUUCAAUUAAUCUUAUACAGCAUUUUAUAAAUGGGCAAAUUAUAAUACCUAUGCAAAGUUAACUGAAACUAAUCUUAAGAAAAUUAAAUCAUUGUAAUAGAGUGCAAAUGUAACUCACUAAUUAGUCAAACAAGAAACCUUCAAAUUAUUUAAUCUUAGCAAAAAGAUGCAAAUCUGUUCUUUCCUCGACAAAAUCAUUUUGAAAUUGCAACAAAAGUAAAAAUUAGAUGCUUUGAGAUAAAUAGAAAAUUACUGUGUUCAAAAGAAAAUGGAAGAAAAACUCAAUAAUAUAAACAAAUAAGACUUGAUAGCAAGAUUAAAAGAAACAGCCAAUAAGACUGAAAAGGGGCUACUUAAAUAAAUCUUAAGAAAAUUUCAAAUUAAUAGAGAAACUUAGGAGAUUAAAAAUAAAUAUUUUGGUAAAAUUCUCCUAUCUGUUAAUGGAUAAUUGAUAGAUUCAUUUAGAAAAUGGAAAAUAUUACCGAACCCUGAUGAUAUCAACAAUAUCUAAAAGGUUUCUAAAUUUCAAAUGAAACUGUAAUUGUUUAUAGUAAAUAAACACAAGUAAGCAUAUGAUCCUCUAAAAUAUCUUUAUUAUGAAGCCUUGUAAAAGAAAAGAUUUUGUAUAAGAUAAUUAUUUUCUGUUACAAUGAGUGCUCCUUAGAGGUAUAUAAAAUAAUGGCAGAAUGUUGCUAAAGUCUAUAAAUCAGUAGUUGCAUGUUAAAAGACGAAUAAUUUAUUCUAUUCUCUCGCUAUGAUAUUACAAUCAAACUUACUUGCAUUCAUUUAAAACAAAAAGGAUGUCGAUAUUAAAGAAAAAUGUAUCUAAAAAAUUUUAGCGUCUCAACAUAGUAAUUUAGCAAUUGCUUUCUUUAGGUGGAAAAGUCAGAAUAAAUAGUAGUAAAUUUUGGAGAGAUUGGGAGAUGAAAAGAUGAAGUUUCUCAUUUUAAAUUUAAAGAAAUUCUUAGAAAAUGAUAAAAAGUAAAGAUUAAGAAGAGCAUUAAAUCUAUUCAAUUCAAACCUUUAGUUAGCAUAAUAAAUAAAGAAAAUUAAUCUUAGAUUAAUGUAGACUGUAAUAGGAUAAGUAAGUACUAGCUUUUAGAAAUGGAAAUAUUUACCAGAAGAUAGAGUAAAUGGAAAAACUGUAAAGGUAAGUAAAUUCAUGAUAUCCCUUGGAAGAGUUGCUUAUAGAUUUGUUAAAGUAAAUUCAUGGAAUAUCUUGGAGGAUGAUCUAUUGGAGGGGUAAGCUAAAAAGAAGUAUUGCAUAAAUAAAAUCUUUUCUGUUGGAUAAAGUGAUUUAAAAACAGCUUUUCUAUCUUGGCAUAGAAGAUCAUGGGAAAUGAAAAUGUUUGAUCAAUUUUCUUAAUUGAAUGUUACAUUGAAUGAUGAAAUAAUUAAAUAAAGAUUAGUUAAUUGGAUUAAUUCUGGGUAUAAAGUUAAGCAUUAUGCAUUAAUUGAAAUUUUGAAGAGAUUCCAUUAAAAUGCCUAAUCUUAUAAUUUAAGAAGAAAAGCAUUAGCAAUAAUACAUAGAAAUACAAUCUCUUAAGUUUGGAUAUCAUUUAAUAAAUGGAAAUAAAUUCCUGAACUUGAUUAUUCCUAAUUAGCCAAAGUUACUAAAUUUGAAUAAUAAUUCAAUCAUUUCUUGAUUCGCCAAACUAAGAAAAAGAUUUGGAAUCCAUUAUACGAAAUAUAUGAUGAUGCUCUUGCAAUAAAAAAAAGAGCAGUAUUGCUCCUUAUAAAAACAUAAGAAUCAGAACAACAAAAAGCUCUUAGCAAUUGGAAUAAGAAUGUUUCUUUGAUUUAGGAAGUUGAGAGAUGCAAGAGUGUUAUAUUAUUGUUUAAAUUUGUGGGCGACUAAAUUUAAUUUAAUUUAUAAAUCAUGCAACCAAAUUAAGAGUCAAGAUUAAAAGAAAAAGCAUUGUUGAAAAUAAUUGGAGGUAAUUAUGAUAACAUUAGAUAUUUUUUUAUGAGAUGGACAAAUUAUUUAAAAUUUGAAAGAAUAUAAGCAAUAGAAGGAGAGAAAAAAGAAUUUUUAAUUCGAUAGAUUGGAUUUUUUUAUAGAAAUAAUAUGAAAUCUAAAUUGAGAUUGGCAUUGUCUAAAUUCAAAAGAAAUUCAGUUCUUAGUGCAGUUUAAUAGAAGUUUUUUUCAAAAUUAUUUUCUACGAAGUUUGGAGGAGCAAUCGUAGCAUUUCAGAAAUGGAAAAAUCUUCCUGAAAUUUAAAAUUUUGAAAAUCUAAAAAAGGGAAGAAGAUUAGAAAAAAUACUGGAAAACCUUUAUAGAGGCAGAAUCAAAUUAUCAUAUGAUCCAUUAAAAGAUGAAUAUUAAGAAGCUAUGAAUAAGAAGUUGCAUUGCAUUAGAAAAUUAAUCAUCUUGGGCAUGGGAUUAAAUAAGAGAUUAUUUUUGUAAUGGAGAAAUACAAAUAAAUUAUUGAAAUCAAUUGAAACUUGUAAGUAAACUACAAAUUUCUUUUAAACUCUUGCAUUGACAUUAUCUGGUAAUGUCUAAGUCAUUUUUAAGACCAAUCAGCUUUAAGAGAAAGUUUUUGAAAAGAUGUUGUCCAAAUAUAACAAUUUAUUAAGAUGGGGAUUCAUUAAAUGGAAUAAUUAAGCUAAAUCAGCUAAGAUUGCCUCAUUGAUGGAUUAAGAGAAAAGAAAGUUUUUAUUGUUUGCUCUUUAAAGAAAUUUGAAACAUAAUCAAAAUGGGUAAUUAAGGGAUAUAUUAAGAAAAUUUAAUGAUGGUCGAAGUAGACAAAAUUUAAUUAAAAAAAUAUAAUUAAAGCUUUUACAUACAUUUGCAGGUUAAGUUGAAACCUCAUUUUUGAAAUGGAAACAAUUACCUGAUCCAUCUAAUUUAAAACAAGCAUCAAUAUUUGAAUAAAAAUUAAAUUCAUUUAAGUUGUAAGUUUUAAGAAAGAGUAGUUUUAAAUAUUUACAAAACAUAUAUUAGGAUGGAUAAGCAAAAUAGAAAUUUGCAAUCAAUAAGUUGUUAUUUAAUUGUAUGAGUGCAGAAAAAAAAGCAUUCUUAGAAUGGAAUAAAGUAAGUGAAUUGUAAAGGACAGAACAGAGAGCUAGUAAAGUUUUUAGUUUCUUCGGUUCAAUAAAUAAAAUUCAAUAAAAUCAUAUGUAUUUUUUCUUUGAGGAUUAGAUUAAAGAAUUGAAAAAGCAAGAAGAACUAGUUCGGUUAUUGAAAGAAUGGGAAGAUAUGUUCAAGGAUUCUUAUUAGAAAUGGAAAUAAACCCAAGCUAAAUUAGAUUUAUUGGCUAGUCAAAAUAGAUAAAAGUAAAAGUUUUCUAUCAUUGAAAUACUUAAAGAUUAUAUUUAAAACAAAAAGAAUUACAAUUUAAGACUGAUUUUGAGGAAAUUUAGUAAUUCAAAUUAGAGGUAAAAGGCAGUAAAUAAAUUUUUAUUGGGAAUAUCAAAUUCCUCAAUUGGCUAAUUACAUAAUUCAUUUUAAAUGUGGAGAAGAUUGCCAGAACCUUAGAAAACUAAAUAAGGAUAUAUAUUUGAAAAGAAAUUGUUCGGUUUAUUUAGAAGACAACUCUUACAAUCAUUCGAUGGCUUAUAAGAUCUUUAUUUUUAGGCAUUAAACAAAAAGAGAAGAGUUGUAUUAUUAUUGGUAAGAACCACUAAAUCAUAAUAAUAAUAAUCAGUACAAAGAUGGCGUGAUGCAAUAAAUCAAAUGAAUCAAUAAGAAUUACAGAAUGUAUAAGAAAAUAGAAAGUUAGCAAUAUAAUUGUUUUAUUAACAUAAAAUGAAUUAGUUGAAUGUUGCUUUCAUUGAAUGGAGAGAUACCAUAAGAAUACACACAAAUAAAUAAGAAAAUAAGACUUAAAAAGAAGAAAGAUUGAAAAAAGAAGCUAUUUUAUUAUUCCAAAAUUAUGCUUAUGUGAGAUUAAGAGUUUAUUUCACUUAAUGGAAGAUAAGAGCAGUCAAAAGAAAUAUGAUUUAGAUUUGCUAAGCAAUCUAAAGAAUGAUUUAAUUAAAUAGAUUUGCUGAAAAGGCCAUAAAGAAAUAUGUCAUGGAUGUUUGGAAAGGUUAACCUUCUAAGAAUAAGUGGUUUAAGAGGGUAGCUGAUAUUAUAGCUAAGAAUUCAAGAAUUAGUAAACAAGUAGCAUAUUGGAGAAUGAGAGACAAUAGCCUUAACCAAAAAGCAGUUGGAUUAUCUACUUAAUAAAUUAUUAAAUGUAAGAAACUGUUCAAUAAUUUAUGUAAAGCUUUUGAUAGAAUCAAACAAAGAGCAUUUACUCAUUUAGAACAUUAUGGUAAAGGUAUUCCAGAUGAUACUUCGUUUUAACCUUCACAUUCUAGUUUCCUUCAAUAGACUCCAAUUAAGGAUGCCUUCUUUAAAUCAGACUUCGAUUCAAUCAUCUAAAAGAAUGGUCAAAAGUUGGCGCUUAAUGCAAUUUCAAGGGUCUUUAAAGGAUUCCUCAAGUAGAGAUUUAUUGAAUUUAUGAUUGAAUUGGAUGAUUAGAAACAAAAAAGUUGGUCAACUCCAUAAAAAAAAGGAGCAGAGAAAUUAUUUGCAAUUCUAGAGUAGAACUUGAAAUUGAAAUAAUAAGUCAUUUGUUAUUAAAUAUCAUAAGUUAAUGAAUAAGGAGUUUUGAAUUAAAUCAAUGAAAUUAUUAAUUAUUAGCAAUCAACUUAAAGUGCAAGUAGAUUAGAAUUAAGUUAAAUAAAGGAGUAGCAAACAAAACUAAAUGAAUAAGAAAGAAUGAUAUUGGAUUUGCAAGAAAAAUUAAGAUGUAUGGCAAUUCAUAGAUUAUUCAAAGCCUUAGAAAAGUGUGAAGAUCAUUUUGUUGAAGAUGCAUUUUUAGGCAUUUCUGAAUACUAACUUAAAUGA